GCAUCACAGUUUAGAACACAUCCUUCUCCAAUAGUCAUCCUCAUCGCUUGGGAAAGUGCGCUCAUUGGCCAAAAAAUAUCGGAGCUCGUGAAAACAAUACAAAAUUAUCCGAAAGUUCAACUUCAUCUAAUUUUUAUAGAAGAUACAGAAACUGAUGUCUUACCCACUGAUUUAGUAAACGCAGUGCGAUCCACUGGUGGGUUUUUGCAUUCAUUGCCUAAACCUUAUCGCACAGAGAUUACUGAUAGAUUGGUACCAAAUGUUUUAUUAUUUGAACAACUGAAUGUCAUCCUCUCUGCUGUGGUCAAAAGUCCUUUGGAAGUAGAUGACAAAAUUAUAGUGGUACAUGAAGUGACGUACAAAACUGUCUCUUUAAUAAAAGAUACAUUUUCUACUCCAUCUGUUACUAAGGGGAAGUUAGUUUACACUAUGCAUUGUGACCUCAGAGGUCAAAUAACUCGUGAGCCCAACUGUUCUUCUUGGGAUGAAGAAUACAUAGCUACUUUUAAAUGUGGAACUGUUACUGAUUUAACAGAUGAGUUGGUG